UGUGAUCUAGCGGAUACAAUUCCAAGCAAACAAUCGCCUGUGCAACAUCAAAACCUUGUCUGCGCACAUAAUGACACUUUCAGCGUACAAGAAGUCUUUAGGGAACCUAAUCUUCAAACCUCCCCAGCACUUUCUUCGUUCCUUCUUCUAGAUUCGUCGUAACCGGUUCUUCCUCCGCCGUAUCGGUCUACCGCAAAAUCCAACGUGAAUGGCCGAAACACCGUCUCAGCCACCGGCACCAUCGGUUUCAGACAUCGAUGCCUCGCAAUACUGGUGCUAUCGAUGCGAUAAACGCGUCUCUAUCGAAACCAAUCUCCCUGACGUUAUCUGCCGCGAAUGUAAGAAUGGCUUCGUCGAAACCAUCCCUGCCGCCUCCCAUCUGACGUCCGAACAUCCUUCCGGAUCGUCUGAUGAAGUCGACGGUCCGACUUUCGACUCCCAAUUCCUACAGGUUCUCAGAAUAAUCGCACAGGCGGCGCGUGAGGAUGACGCUCCCUCUCCACCGCCUCAAAAUCAUUUAUCGGAAGACAGGUUCCUUAGGAUUGGGCUCGAUGAGUGGGAUAAUGAUGAAGAAGAUGAGGACGACGACGCUGCUACCAGAGUUGAGUUUCAUAACGAAGGAGAAGAGGAGAACGAAGAAAGCGAAGACGAGGAGGAAGAUCGAUCGGGUAACGAGGAAGAAGAGAAUCACGACCAGCAAGACAGAGAUGAAUUAGAGCGGCGGCGGAGGCGUCGCGAUGUGCUCCAGCUCCGCCUCCGCGACUUUGCCACCAGAGCGAGGAGCGGGAGAAAUCGGAUCCUCGAUUGGGCUGAGAUCUUGAUGGGCUUGGAAGACAACUCGAUCGAAUUCCGUCUGGAAGUGCCGGAAUCGGACCGGUACAUCGGCAAUCCGGAGGAUUACGUGGACGCAGCUGGGUAUGAGGCAUUGUUGCAGACUUUAGCUGAGAGCGACGGCGGUGGAAGGAGAGGAGCCCCGCCGGCAUCCAAAUCGGCUGUAUCGGAGUUACCGACGGUGAAGAUUUCGUCUGAGAAUGAGGCUUUGCUGUGCGCCAUAUGCAAGGACAUGGUCAAUGUCGGUGAAAUGGCAAAAAAGUUGCCAUGUGGGCAUGGGUACCAUGGCGAUUGCAUCGUGCCGUGGCUGGGUUCCAGGAAUUCUUGCCCAGUUUGUAGAUUCGAGCUGCCGACGGAUGAUCCGGAGUACGAGGCCGAGAGAAAGAAUAAAGCGGUAAUUCCCGGUGGAGCUUCAGGUUCCGGUGGAAGUGAUUCGGUGACGGAUUGAUUCCACCUGGUUCGAGUCUUGGCACAUCCCACUUGAAUUUUGGUGUGAGUUUCACGCACUGCGCAUUGUGGGAGAAGACGGUAGGGACAGCAGUGCAAUGGUGGACUGGGUGGUGUGGGGACUCUUAUUUGGAUUAUCUAGUCCCAUCUACUAAUGGUCUACAGUUCCCUCCCACCUAAGCCAAGGACAAUCACCAGGAGGUCUAUUUUUUUAUUUACCAAAAAAAAAAAAAAUCAAAAAAAAAAUUUCAUGAUAUGUAAAUUAAAUUUGGUACACAUGAUAUGAUGAUUAAGCAAUGCAUAAGUGCGUUUGGUACGCAGGACAUGUUCGAAUCAGACAGGACAGGUCCGGAUCGGACAGGAUAAAAUAGUACAGUCCUAUGUUUGGUAUA